CGAAAUUCUGGCAUUUAGUUAUCAAGCACAAUAAUUUUAUUGUGCUUAUUCAAGCAGUUAUUGCUUGACGUUUCGUAUCUUGGUAACUCCCCUUUGGCUACUUCAAGUCAGACAAUCGUACGAAACGGAUCUUUCAAGUAUUGGACCCUUCAUUUUCUAAAUUGUUCAGCAAAAUUUGCCAGAAUGGCGUCUGAAAUGUGGCACAACGAUUACACGGUACUGAUUGAGCGGCUACAGCAGCCAAGGUUCACCUUGAACCCCAGCAGUGGCAAGCUCAGAUUCGAAAUUUCCAGUCACAGCACAAAUUUGCCCUCCGACCCGAACAACAACACCAACAACAGCACUGAUGGCAUUGAGAACACAUCAGUCAGAAAACUCGCCUGCUUCGAAUUACUGGAGGAUGGGAUCCGUUCAAUCAGGGUUGUCCCCACGGGCUCCCAGCAAUCCUUCAACGUGGAGUGCAUCAAGUCCAACGGACCAACCGCUGAAACGUCGACAUCUGUUCAAGUAAUUCAUGUAAGACAAGCUUCAUGCAUCUGAGCGUGGGACAGCAAUUGUUGACACAUGCGUGCGUCCUCGUAAUAAAUAAAUUUCAGAAGCGAA